AUGCUAUUUAUUUAAGAAGAGGAGGAAGAGUUUGUAGAUGAUAUUAACGAAAACAGUCACAUUCAUCAAUAGUUUUGGACUACCAAUGCAAUUAAUAUACUAGGAGUUUAAAAUUAGAACCCACCUGCUGUUGAUCCUCCCGAUCAAAAUUCUUAAAGGAAAAAAAGACUUAAAGAGUUUUCUAACUCGCUAAUCAAAGAAAAUCCAAAAUAUAUUGCUGAUAAUUUAUAUGCAAUUUAAAUAGUCCAAGUCUUAACUAAUGCUGGACUAUGCAAAAUCUCAAAUUUUGUGAAUGGUCAUUACUAGGCUUAGUUAGAAUAAAUUAUCAAAUAUGAUAAACACAUUUAAGAUUCAAGAUAGGAUUCAUCACUUUACAAACAAAUCUUUUUUAUCAAUGUAAACCCUGUGCAGAUCAGUUUCUAAGAUGGAUGCUUAGUGUUUAAAUAAAAUCCUCCCACACUAGAUAUUAAUCCAAGCCUCAAAAAAAAAUAUCAAUAUCUAUUCGAGGUCAUCAAUCUGACUAUGAGACUUUUGGACACUUAUUUCAAGAAGGAUUUUUAAAGCAUAAUUGAUCAUUACAUUAACAUGAAAGAAAACAAAUAUUCUAAUAAUAGAAUUAUAGAAUUCUUAUAAAACGAAAUCGAAAAAAAUGCUGAAAAUUAUACUUAUGUAUCCAAAUGGUUAGAGAUAAAAUCCAAAAUUAAGCCUGUUUUAGUUAUCUAUAAAUAAAUCAAAAUUUUAGAAAAAAAAGAUGAACUUUGUGGUAGAAAAUCUUUAAAGGUUCUCUCCAAACACAUUAAAAAAAUUGAUAAAUUGUAGAAACGCUUGUAUUAAGAAUAGAUUCUUUCUCCUCUAGAAUUUUUAUUGACAAAUCUAUUCGAUAUUUUUGAUUCAAUUCUAAAAUUCUAUGAAGAAAAUUAUGAAAAAGAUGUCUAAUUUAAACCAUAAGUAGUAUCUAAAAAAAAUGAAAAACAUAAACAAAAAUAACUAAAACCACAAAUCUAAGAAGCUUCUGUAUAAGAGUGCGAAUAGGAAUAAUUUCAGUAUUAUUUUUAGAAAAAAUAACUUAAAUAACAAGAACACAUUGUUGAGUAAUUUGAUUGUCAAUUGGAUGUUUUAAGUGGCCAAUCUUAAUCCCCUAGAAAAAAAGUUAAAGAUCAAAAAUCGGAAUGA